AUGGAGAGCUCGUUGUACGAGGAAUAUUCGAAACUGCUUCUAGAGCAGGGAGUCAAGUUCCAAGCGUUCGAUUUGGAGUCGAUUACCGAGAAGGACGUGCUUCUCAUUAUUGAUUGUCAGAACGACUUCUUCCCGGAGGGAACGGUGGAGGACGGAGGUCGCUUCGGCGUGGAUGAUGGAGAGAAGAUCGUUCCCUCUGUGAAUCAGCUGAUCGAUGUGUUUGCGAAGAAGGGCGGUGUGAUUGCUGCCACGAAAGAUUUCCAUUCCAUUCACCAUUGCUCCUUUACACCGAACGGAGGCGCGUUCCCUCCGCACUGCAUUCAAGGAGCCAAAGGAUCCGAGUUCCACAAGGAAAUCGGUGCGAAACUGGCGGAGGCAAAGGCGCAGGGUGCCACCGUCCUCGUGGGAUACAAGGGCAUUGAAGAUGCGCAUGAUUGCUUCAGUGCGUAUCCCUAUACCUCUGCGACCGGCAAGGAGCGAUUUGGAGCCGAUUUCGAGACGAACGAGUGGUACAAUUGUUUCGUUCUCGAGUCUUCUCGCGAGAACGAGACGAUGGACUGCCACCCCGACGUGAUGGCGAUCUACAAGAAGAGAUCGCUGAUGAAUGUGAUCGGAGAACGCUUGUCUGAGCAGAGUCGUUUCAUUGUGUGCGGCUUGGCAUUCGAUUACUGCGUGAUCGACAGCGCGAUCAAUGUUCGCGAAAACACGCAUCUUCCGGUGUUCAUCGCCCAUCCAGCGACGCGUGCGUCGCACAUUCCGGGUGUGGGCGCAUUCGGCAGCGGCUUUUUGAACAACCCGAAGGAACUGAGCGAGAAGCUCCAGAACUACGCGAUAGCGAUGAUUGAUUUGUUUUCUGUUUGUUGGAAAAAACUGGCGGCUUCCAUCUUUGAUUCGAGUGAAGCUGGGAAUUCGGCCUUUAUCUCGAUAGGUACAAGAUUCGGGGACUCAUGGAAAGAGAAAUCAGAGGCGGUCAAAGAGCGGAGAGAGCAGUAUAUAACUCAACGCAUUCCUGUACAUAAACGAUAUACUCCCAAAACAUUUUUACAAUCCCUACUUGCAGGGGGAGUUUCUGGUUGUAUUGCAAAGACAUGUAUCGCUCCUCUAGAGCGAACCAAGAUUUUGUUUCAAGUCUCGAAUAAGCCAUUUUCCCUGCGACUCGCAGGAAGGAAAAUCGUUCAAGUUUACCACGAAGAAGGCUUCACCCGCCUUUGGAAAGGCAACACGGCGACAAUCCUGCGCGUUCUUCCUUAUUCUGCGACUCAGUUCGCUUCCUUCCGCGGUUACUCUCAUCUUGUCAUGAUCGACGAGUACACGCCACUUACUCCGCUUCAGCGUUUUCUGUCCGGUGCAGCAGCGGGUGCAACGGCCACAGUUCUGACAUAUCCUUUCGAUUUUUUGCGAACCCGCAUGGCGAUUCGUGAAGGCGAAUCCACAUAUAAAAACAUUCUAGUCGCCAUAAAAAGCAUCGUCCGCAGCGAAGGCGUGAUUACAUUUUACUCAGGUCUGUACGCGGCGCUAAUCGGCGUUUUACCGUAUUCUGGAAUCUCCUGGAUGGUCAUGGACACCACGCGUCAAUUCUUUCAGGACUACGUGAAUGAUGGUCGGAGCGCAUCGCCAUUGCAGCGCAUGGUCUGCGGAGCGACGGCGGCGAUCAUCGCGCAGACGUGUACCUAUCCGCUGGACAUCGUGCGACGCCGAAUGCAGAGCGAGGGGCUGGGGAAUCAUGGAAACCGGAGAUAUCGCAGCAUUCUGGGGACGUUCCGAGUGAUCGCGAAGGAAGAGGGAGUGCGGAGACUGUGGAAGGGAGUAACGAUGAACUGGAUCAAAGGACCGAUCUCGAUGGGGAUUAGCUAUGCGUGCUAUGGAGCGAUCGAGCAUUGGUUUGGAGUGAGCAAGCUGCAGAAUUGAUUAGAUGAGGAUAAGGGUUG